AUGUUUCUAUGGAAAACUUAUCCGUAUGAACGAAUUCGAAUGCUGAAAGCACGUUGCUAUGACGAACCGUUUCUGGAUCAGGCAAUCCUUUUUGAAGCUAAAGUCUCACUUGACCUUAUGAAGCUAUGCAUACUGAUAUUACCAUCCGUCGCAGUCCUUCAAUGCAUAGUUAUCGAUAAAGAUUACAAUUUGGCGAUGGAUGACGAGCUGCUGACAUCAUCGACUACGCAGAGUAGUAGUAGCAGUAGUUACGGCAGUUUGAACCGACGAAAGGGUCGUCGUAAUUGCACACGAGACACGGCGAUCAUCGACAAAUUGCUCAACGGCACUGGAUACAAUAAAUUUCGCAUUCCAAACGACGACGGAGUGAAAGUGUCCGUCCAGUUCUGGAUCAAUACCAUCACAUCCAUCAAUGAAAUCACCAACGAUUUUGAGAUGGAUAUCUACAUCAACGAAAUGUGGCUUGAUCCAGCCCUGAACUUUGAGAAUCUCUCCCCGUGCAAACAUAAUCUCUCCCUAAGUCAUCAGGUGGGUGCAUUCGUGCUGCGAGUGUUUCCCCCCUUUGUCUUUCACGGAGGAAUCUCUUUAUGA